GCUGGGACAGGCACGCUGUGGCUGGUUAUUUCCCUUCCUUCCAUCCCCCUUGGGCCGAACCGAUCGCUGCUUCUGGAAACAAUGACCGAUAAAACAGAGAAGGUGGCUGUAGAUCCUGAAACUGUGUUUAAACGUCCCAGGGAAUGUGACAGUCCUUCAUAUCAGAAAAGGCAGAAGAUGGCCCUAUUGGCAAGGAAACAAGGAGCAGGAGACAGCCUUACGGCAGGCUCUGCCAUGUCCAAAGAAAAGAAGCUUAAGACAGGAGAUGGUGUUCUACCAAGCCAGUUGGAUUCUCAGAUUGAUGACUUCGCUGGUUUCAGCAAAGAUGGGCUGAUGCAGAAACCUGGUAGCAAUGCACCUGUGGGAGGAAUCAUUACCAGCAAUUUCUCUGGAGAUGACCUAAAAUGCAGAGAAAUAGUCCCUUUUCCCAAAAGCCAAGAAGAAAUUAAUGCUGAUAUAAAACAUCAAUUAGUGAGGGAAAUCCGAAGCAUUGGACGAAAAUACGAAAAAAUCUUCAAAUUGCUUGAAGGAGUGCAAGGACCUAUAGAAGUCAAGAAACUAUUUUUUGAAUCCAUCAUCAAGGAAGCAGCAAGAUAUAUGAGCCGAGACUUCGUUCAGCUCCUUGAGAAGAAACUGGAGCAUAUGAUUUGGGAGUACUUGUCCAUGGAGGAUUAUGAUGACUCAAAUGCAUAAUCUUAUUAAUGAUUGAGGAGAGAAAAGGAUCAGAUUGCUGUUUUCUACAAUGGAGCAGGAUAUUGCUGAAGUCUCCUGGCAUAUGUUACUGAAUCAAAUGGCCUUCAAGAGGCUAAGAAAUGUCUGUUAGUAAAAGUUGUUCUUUUUCCCUAAGCAUUUCAUUUGAAAGAAUAACUUGUUUUUUGGUUGUUUUGUAUUCCCACCUAUGCUGGUAGAUAUUAUUAACCCAUUAGGUAAAGAUUAUUACAGUCGUGGUUUCUGCAGCAGCUCACAUUGUUGUAGCUGGUAUUUAUAACUGCCUUCUUUCACUACCCAUUUUGCAUUCCCUUUGCCCUGAGAUAGCAUGUCAAUUGGUUUAUGGUGCUUGGCCUGGCAGGAUGGCUCAAACCUUCAUCAAACCUUCAUUAUGGAAGAGUCUGAACCAUUAGAUAUCCUGUCUUGAUGGGGUUGCUGUGAUUUUCCAUUAACUCUAAUUGCAAACACGGGAGGACUAAGAAGCUCUCUAGACAUAUCAGACUUACUCUUCCUGAGCCCCUAGUGU